CACGUGUUGCUCAAAACCAGAAUUUGGAGAAACAUGUUUCCGUGCGCGUGAUCUGUUUUGCGCCGCCUUGGCUCAAGCCUUUCUAGUGUUGCUCUAUUCGGGUGUGUUUCAGGCCUUUCCGGAUCUCUCCGGUUCACGUUCAGACCUUCACGUUCUUUUUCGAGGAAAUCAUGGUCAUCAAGUACUCCAGGCGCAUCGACGCAGCUGAUUUCUCCGAUGGACAGCAGACAUGCUGCAUGCUGCCUUUACGUUGGGGAACCGUUGCCUUUGGGACCUUCUUUGCAGUGGCCGGCAUCGCGCAGCUCUUUGAGCAGGUGUACAAGGAAUGGUCAGAGGGGGAAUACAAGCUGGACGAGCAGAGUCACAGCACCCUGACGUUGGUUGCCUUGGCUUCCUGCAUGACCCUUUCCGGGGUCUCUGGCUUGCUGGGUGCUUUCUUCGAAGUCCGCAUUCCCGUGACGUUCUUUGCCAUCAUGCUCCUGUUGCAAUGUUUCUUGGAGAUCGCCUGGUUCUGCCUGGAGGACAGGACUGGCACGCUGGCGGGCAUGGUGAGCAUGGUGUGGAACGAGGUAAUGCUCGGCAAGCGCUCUGGCGAGAACGCGGUGGCUGUGAACUUGUUCUACACGCUUCUGUCAUUAAACCUCCACCUCUGGGCCUGCGGCGUGGUGGCAAGCUACGCGCUUCAGCUGCGCAUCAUGGGCAAAGCGGUGUGGUUCGAACCGCUCGACGACGAGGACACCGAGGAUGAAGAGGAGGCCAGAGACCCGGCAGCUCCUCUCACAGAGUCCAAGCCUGAUGGCUAUGGAGCCACGGACGAGGCCCCGGCGGCCCCGGCUGCGGCCCCGGCUGCGGCCCCGGCUGCGGCCCCUGCCCCAACAGCUGCCGAGGCGCCUGAGGCGCCCGAGACGCCUGCCAAAGAAGAUCAGGGUGCUUCAGCUGUAUAGAGUUCAUUGGGGCCAGCGCAGGAAAAAAAAGAAAAUGCGUUGCGCGGGGAGUGUCGGACAACUGUAUCGAUCUCCUCCCAUCACGGUCGUGCAAUGGCAGACAUGCCAGGUGCUUCUCACACACUCGCACUAUGCCUGCACCUCGGGUAUGACCAUCUUCCAGC